UGGGGGGGCAGUGACGACACCUCUGAACCCAGCUGAGCGGGGAGAAAUCGUGAGGGUCGUGACCUUUGCACCCCGCGGAGGGGGCGUGGCGAAUGAAGGGACUUCCGGUUGAAAAUGGCGCACUCCACACCGUUGUUGGCAGUUCGAGGCUCCGAAGGAAUUUAUAUGCUCAAUGGCCCUCCAACUUAUACAGAAAAUACCUCUUUCACAAGAGAUGACAGGAGAAAUUGCAAAGGCUUCACUUUCAGCAAAGAUGGUUCUUUGUUUGCUUGGUGCAAUGGGGAAAAUGUAAAUAUCGUGGGCACCCUAGACGGUCGGUUAUUGCACUCUCUUGACCUACCUAGAGUGGCUUUGCUGGCAUUUUCUCCUCAAAGCCACAUCUUGGCGACAUGGCAACCUUAUAUGACAACCAAAAAUAAUCCACAAGGGGAACCAAACCUGCAGAUUUGGGAUCUUAAAACUGGAAAAUGUCUCAAGUCAUUCUUCCAAAAGAAAAUGCAAGGCUGGUGCCCUUGUUGGUCAGACGAUGAAAGUAUUUGCGCUCGAAAUGUAAACAAUGAAGUGCAGUUUUUUGAGGGCAAUGAAUUUGGUAAAAUAGCGAACAAACUCCAUUUACAGAAGGUGACAGAUUUUGCAUUGUCGUCAGGACCUUGGCCCUGCAAGGUCGCAGUUUACGUGCCUGGAUCAAAGGGUGCGCCGUCAUUUGUUCGAUUGUAUCAAUACCCAAACUUUGAAGGUCCUGCCUCUGCUUUGGCAAAUAAAAGUUUUUUUAAGGCUGACAAAGUGACAAUGCUUUGGAAUAAGAGAGGAACUGCUGUGUUGGUAAUUGCCAGCACGGAUGUAGAUAAGUCUGGAGCAUCGUAUUACGGUGAACAAACCCUGCACUAUAUUGCAUCCAAUGGAGAAAGUGCAUUAGUGCAGCUGCCAAAAAAUGGCCCAAUCUAUGAUGUGGUCUGGAAUCCAAACUCACUUGAAUUUUGCGCUGUAUAUGGUUUCAUGCCUGCCAAAGCUACUGUCUUCAACCAUAAGUGUGACCCAGUCUUUGACUUUGGCACUGGCCCUCGGAAUGCGGCAUUCUACAGCCCUCAGGGACACAUCCUCGUGCUAGCGGGCUUUGGAAACCUCAGAGGACAGAUGGAAGUCUGGGACGUAAAAAAAUACAAGCAGAUUUCUAAGCCCCAAGCCGCUGAUACAACCUUCUUUUCCUGGUGCCCGGAUGGAGAGCACAUUGUCACAGCAACCUGCUCACCAAGACUACGGGUUAGCAACGGCUACAAGAUCUGGCACUACAGUGGCGCAGUCCGUCACAAAAUUGAGGUGCCAUCAAACUCUGAACUCUGGGAAGUGCAGUGGCAGCCGUUUGUAGAAGGGGCUUUCCCAGAAAAGGCCAUCAAAUAUCAGACUGUUCCCAAUGAUGUUCCUAGUAUUGACGUCAAACCUGCACAGGCUUACAGACCCCCAGCAUUGAGAAACAAGCCAAUAACUAGCUCAAAAUUGCACGAAGAGGAGCCACCUCAGAACAUGAAACCACAAUCUACAGACAAGCAACUUUCAAAAGCCGCUCUAAAAAAUCAAAAGAAGCGGGAGGCCCGAAAGGCAGCAAAGCAGGAGAGCAAGUCAGAGGUUACACAAGAAGCACCAUCUGACCAAGAACCUAGAGCUGUGCAAUAUUCCGAGGGCCACGGUGACCCAGAAGUCGAUAAGAAAAUUAAGAACAUCAAAAAAAAACUUAAAGCAAUUGAACAAUUAAAAGAGCAAGAAGCAUCUGGAAAGCAACUAGAAAAAAAUCAGAUGGAGAAAAUGCAGAAAGAAGAUGCUCUUUUGAAGGAGCUAGAAGACCUGGAACUGGGUCUGUAAAUAUACCCAAAAGGCACUGGUUUCACGUGCAUUGGAAAAUUAUUUUCAUUGUGAAAUUUGUGUGAUAAAAAUCUAAAUUCUAUGCAAUGUAAAAGAUUUGGACAGUGUUAAAAUAAAUUAGUAUAAGAGAAUAAAAGAAACUGUGUUCUGCCAGUAAAAUGUACUUCUUUGGUCUUGUAGUCAAAGAUUAACAUUUAGCUAUUCAAUAUAAAAGGAAAUUGUAUUUAUAUCAUGCUUAUUGCAAACUCAGCACAUUGCAGUGUUUAUACAGCCAAUAAAAUGUAGUCAUUAUGUCA